AUGUCGGCUCCACCCUAUGAUCUUGCAUGCGAACUGGUGCCCAGCUACCAGCCCUCGUCAGAGUCGCUUCCGGAAUACAAACAAACUCUUCAUUUCGGGGGUUUAUGUCUUAUGAAAACCGAGUUUUCAACUCCUUAUCACUAUAACUCGCGGAACCGAGGUUGGAGCCCGGUUUUCUUGGAAAUUAAUUCGACAGAAAUCAAAUUUUACAAUUUGAACAUUGAUAAAAAAUUGCUUAUUCUCAUAGAAACGUUAUACUACGAGGCCAAUCUGCUUCAUGAUUUGGCUGCUAACAUCAACAAUGAUAGACUUAAACGCGACAAGAAGCCUUGGCUUGACACCAGUGACGUUGAUCUUUUCGGUGAUGACCCCUAUGGUGCCUCAUUUUCUCCCGAGGCUUUUAAGCAGACCCGGUCCGACAGAGUCAAGUUGAAGUUUCAGAAGGCAAAGCAAGGCGCCUCGGCGAAAAUGCUCCCUAAGUUUUACUCACAGCUUCAGGAUAAUGGCUUUUUAUUCGAACCAACGACCAAUACCGAAAUCACCAACAACUUCAAAUCAAAGUACGCAGGAGAGUUGAUUCACCGGUACACUCUUGCCAACUGCGAUGUUGGAGAGGCUCCUUCGUUGAAUCAAGUGAUUUCUGCCAUGUAUAAAGAAACGCUGAUUGAUUCGUUACCUCAAAGCACCUCCACCUUGGUCAAAUACAAAAAUGUGCUUCGACUUCGAGUCGAAUUGAAACAAAUAUUGCUCCAAUUCUGGUCGUUUUACGGCAUGGUGCAUUGGUACCGAAACAUCUUGAUUGGAGGUGAUUUGGCUUCGCCUCUCGAAUCUAGAAUAGCUACCAAGGUCAAAAGCAUACCAUCUCGUCAAACCAGACUCAAUAAUGCCCUUCUUGUGGCUACGGCCGCCGCUGCAUCUUACCGACAGGAACCACUGCAAGACGAAGAAAACUUUCCCGCCGGCGAAAUUUGUUUCAAUGAUCCUUUUCUGACCGGAGAAACCAUCAAGCCACUGAAUACUCGUCCAUGUUCGUGUUCUGAGAAUGGAAGCGUGUGCACAACCCCAGACUCUGUUUUCUCUGAGCGCCGAGAGUCUGUCGCUACGACAGAAAGUAGUAGCAGUGAUACCAAAUGUCACUACUCGAAAACUAUGCAUUCCUAUAAACUUGUCAGCUACGACAGAUACUACACCACAUUAGAAAAGCAGUAUAUUUCAAACUGUAUACCAGAUCUAAACUCGUUUGACAAGUGGCAGUCGAUAGGGUUAACGCUUUCUAAUUUCAAACAGUAUAUGAGCAAACUGCAAUUGAAGCAUUAUGAAAAAGACCCUCAAAAUGUUUACAUAUCUAUUGGAGAAUUGAUAGACGGUGUGUCUCAAUAUGACAAAACCUCACCAUCAAAUGGGCCAUGUCGACUGUUCGUUGUGCAUCAAAGCGGACUAGUUAGUGUGACAACUUGA